UUAAAGUUUGUUCAUUUAAAACCAAUUUAUAUACUAAACAGAAGCAAUGUGUGCAUCUGUAAGUUUUAUCAGGACAUACGCGAACACUAGUUUAUCUCGCACUCGUAAAAUAGCAUUUAAGUGUAGUAAACAAAUACUAUGUGGACUUUGAUCUGUGUUAAAAAAGUUCACCUGUUUUAACAAUUUACUUCACCAAAGAAUCAUUUUGGUAAUAUUAUUUGCUUUAUCCGAAAAUGUAAAUAAAAAGAUGGAGUAUUAGAUGGACUUGACGUUAAACCUUACAGUGUGAAUUUAUAAAACACAUUCUAUCAUUGAUCAGCAGGACAUGGUUACCGAUGUCGAGUCUUUGCAGCACUACAAUGUUAAAGCGUGGCUACAAAUUUAUAUUUAUAGGACUAGGAGUGGUAUGCUUUAUUGUAUAUUUUCAUCUUUAUAUGCGAGCAGAGGCUGUUCCGCGUAGGCUGGACAUGUUGCCGCGGACGGACAGACGGGCCGUUGUAAUUGAUCCAGCGGUAAAGCUACUGCUUUAUUGGAAGCCAUUUAAUGGAGAUGGGUUUUUAAAACCAGAACAGAACUGUUUGAAAUCGUGUCCAGUGAAAUGUAACAUAACAGAUGACAAAAACAUGUUCUAUGAAGCUGAUUUAAUCAAUUACCACUUGACGGAUUUAUGGCCGGACAACUGGCACAUCGAUACAACAAAGACGAUUGAAUUUCCGGCAUAUCGCCGAAAGGAACAGAUAUGGGUGCUAACUAACCAAGAGCCUCCUUCAAACUUGUUUGGAAAUAUCCGGGUUUUUAAUAAACUGUUUAACUGGACUAUGUGGUACCGAACUGAUUCAGUGGUUCCUUUCCAGUAUGGUUGGUCUGUUGCUUUGACUGAAGAUGAGUCGUCAAGUUCAACAAAAGAUUUGAAAAGACGUAAUUUCUACCGAGAGAAAAGUAGAAACAUUACUGGUAGGAUUAGUAACUGUGGGGACGCCUCGAGGAGAUACAGACUGGUUCACAAAAUGCAACAACAUCUAGAUAUCGAUAUGUAUGGCGGAUGUUACUCCAAAAAAUGCUAUCAUGAAAACUGCAACCAACCUUUAGAAGAAUACCGAUUCUACCUAGCCUUUGAGAACUCACUGUGCACUGAUUAUGUCACUGAAAAAUACUGGGAUGCUAUAAGUAGGGAUCAAAUUCCAAUUGUUAACUGGGAUUAUCAGCAUGUGCAAAAUGUAGUUAUUUCUAAUUCUUUUAUCAGCGUCCAUGACUUUGGAGACAUCAAGUCUUUCGUUGACUACUUAGAACAGGUGAUGACAAAUGAAACUCUUUACAAUAGUUAUUUCGACUGGCGGCGCCACUUCCGGGUUGAGCGGCGCUGCUCUAGUUGCCUGCUGUGCCAGCACCUGUACGCAGAUACCUCGAGACGGGUUGUGGCCGACCUUGAAGGCUGGGUACGCGCGGACAUAUGUCCCAAAGUACAGGAGUUGAAUAAGCUGGUGUUGGAUAUCGAUCGACGACUCUUCGAGUGGGGAAUAUGAUCCACUAAUGUCAAAAGUCUCUGGACUUGGCUUUCUGCUGAAAUAUCGUCCAAUGUAGACGUUAACCAACUAUGAACGGGUGGAUGCUCCAAUUGAUCCCACCAUUUGCGACUGUUCUGUGAUUUCCGUAUUGGUUCGGGAAAUGACAUUUGAAGUAAUGCACCAGUAAUACCCCGGAUUUUGGAAUGUGUUGAUUUAUAACAUCUAUAUACUGUUUUCUAACUUAAGAUAUUCUUCCUGGAAAGCUUAAUUUCCACAGUAAACAAUUCAUUUUAGAAGCCAAAAUAGUUUAUGAUAACAAUAAAAAAUCUUUGAAUGGAAUACUGUUUACAAUACCUGGUUGUCUAUUUGCAAUAUGGUGCAGAUGUACUUAUUACUUCCGAGGUACAUUAGUAUAAAGGGAUGGUGGCAUAAAACAUUUAUGACUUGGUGCAUGUGUUUAACAUGCACAUCAAAUUCAGAGAAGAUCAAAGAUAUAUGACGAUCUUGGAAUUAUGUCGAAAUCGAUCGUUUACGAUUGAGUUAGUCAAUAAUCGAUCGUAUAAUCACUGGAUCGAUGUUUUUCUACCAGGUUAUUAAUCUUAAAAAUAGGAAAAAUAUAUUGGAACAGCAAUAUACGUUAUUUAGUAUUCAGCUUAUAACCUCAAGCUGACAUACAAUUGAAUUAAAGCACGUUUCCGAACCGUUCAUUUCGAUUACAUCAUUAAUUAUUAAUCGAAAUGAUCUAACUGUAAUUUUCGGUGAUCGAUUAUAUCUUUUGAUAGAUUUUCAAAACAUGGAAGAUCAUCAGAUUUCGAAGAACUGAAUUCCGAGAUUGAGUGUGAUUAUAGUUAUUGUCGGUACGGUGAAUAUGCAAUGAGUUAUUGGCUGUAAAUACGCGUAUUGUGGAAUUGUGUUUGAAUGGCUUAGUGUGUUGACAAUGUAAAUAUUGAAGAAACAUUAGCCCUUACUUCAAGUGUCUGAUCAAACAGAAUACUUCAUGUAUAUGAGCUCAUCGUAUGUAUUAUGUAACCGCAAACAAUUUAUGUACACUCGCAUGUUUGAUCUUGUGUUAUAUGAAUGCCAUCGAAAAUGAAUAUUAUUUCCUUUUAGACAGUCCAAGAUAUCAUAAUCUACGAAAAAAAUCUUUAAAACCAUACUUUUGCCAUUGGCCAACAAAACAAAAGUUUAUUACCCCUUUGUCCUCAGACAGCGAAAAAACCUAUGCACAAUGUUUGUAAAUAUUUAUAUCAUGCAUCUUUGAAACUAUCAUGAACUUAAUUACAAAAUAUUAAUGUAUGUUAAGAAUUUGAUACUAUGAUUUAUAGUAUACUUCUCUAUUCUCACUUUCCGUCACAGUGUAAAUAUAAUAAGCACAGUUUUAUUUUGAACUUUUCAGGUAGUUCAUUAUUGAAUGAAGCUUCCAAAUUAAUACCUUAUACUUCCUGAAUUGUUUGCACUGAGAUACACAGAAAAUGGGGUUUUGUAAGGGGUGAAAUCCAGGCAAUAAACAUUGUAUGCCUGAUUUUUCUUGAAAAGGUAUGAUAACCUACUUAAAAGAUUGUUCCCAAAAAAUAAUGUUAAACAUGAUUUGAAGUAAUUCUGAGUGCAAACUUUUAUAACAUUAUGCUAAUGGAGUUUCUGAUUUUCGAUUUUCCCUAUUAGGGAAGUUUGCAUUCAGAAUUUCUUCAGUUGUACAGUUUUAGGUUUCAACACGUUUGUUUAAUUUAUAGUCAUCUGCUAAAAAAUUGACAAACUAAACAUUUUACAAUAUACUUAUUUAGUAAAAAAUAUUGUUUACUUUCACUUUCCAUUUUUGUUUACUUAACAUAGGUAUUUGUCAUUUUAGUGUCGUUUUAAGCGGAUAUUGGCAUAUUGUCCACCUAUUGACAUUUUAUCGACCUAGCUUUAUGCGCGACGCAGCCAUUUAGGAUUUAAUCUUGAACUAUGUACGUGAAGUUAGCGGCCUAGCGGCGUGAAGUUAGCGGCCUAGCGGCCUAGCGGCGUGAAGUUAGCGACCUGGCGGCCUAGCGGCGUGAAGUUGGCGGCCUAGAGGCGUGAAGUUAGCGGCCUGGCGGCCUAGCGGCGUGAAGUUGGCGGCCUGGCGGCCUAAUUAUUUUUUCUAUUUCCAAGCAAUUGUUAAUGCGGUUUUUUUUUAAAAAAAAACAAUGAUAAAUCAAGGUUUUUUAUUCAUAUAGUUACAUAGCGGCCUUAAAUUGUUAUCUAUUCAGAAUAUUUUUCUUUACCUUUUAUUCUAAAACAAUUUUAAAUUAACUGUUUUAUGCACAAAUUAUCACAAUGAAGCGUUUUUCAACUUUUUUUCAAAAAAGUCGAUCAGGUCGGCAUAGCGGCGUGAAAUAGGCGGCCUAGCGGCCUAGCGGCCUAAAUUGAAUCCUAUUUCAAAGCAUGUAUACAUGCAUUUUCUUCUAAAACAAUGACAUUUUAACUGUUUUUAUGCACAAAUUAACACAUUGAAGCGAUUAUCAACAGUUUUUUUUCCAAAAACGUCGAUAAAGCAGUCAGCUAAUUCAAAGCAUUAAACAUGCCUGUUCUUUUAAAACAAUGAUGUAUUUACUGUUUUUAUGCACAAAUUAUCACUCUGAAGCGUUUUUCAUUUUUUUUUCCAAAAAAGUCGAUCGAGCACUUCAGCGGCCUAGCGGCAUGAAGUUAGCGGCCUGGCGGCCUAGCGGCCUAGCGGCCUAAAAUGGUUUCCUAUUUCAAAGUAUGUAUACAUGCAUUUUCUUCUAAAACAAUGACAUAUUAACUGUUUGAAUGCACAAAUUAACACUUUGAAUCAAUUAGCGAUAAUCAACAUAUUUUUUUCGAAAAAAGUCAAUUGAGCAGUCAGCUAUUUCAAAGCAUUAAACAUGCCUGAUCUUCUUAAUAAAUGAUAUGUUUACUGUUUAUAUGCACAAAUUAUCACUCUGAAGCGUUUUUCAACUUUUUUUCAAAAAAGUCGAUCGAGCACUUCAGCGGCCUAGCGGCGUGAAGUUAGCGGCCUGGUGGCCUAGCGGCCUAGCGGCCUAAAAUGGUAUCCUAUUUCAAAGCAUGUAUACAUGCAUUUUCUUCUAAAACAAUGAUAUAUAAACUGUUUUUAUGCACAAAUUAACACUUUAAAGCUAUUAGCGAUUAUCAACAGUCUUUUUUUUAAGAGCGUCGAUUAAGCAGUCAGCUAUUUCAAAGCAUUAAACAUGCCUGAUCUUCUAAAACAAUGAUAUAUUUACUGUUUUAUGCACAAAUUAUCACUCUGAAGCGUUUUUCAUUUUUUUUUUUUCAAAAAAGUUGAUCGAGCACUUCAGCGGCCUAGCGGCGUAAAGUUAGUGGCCUGGCGGCCUAGCGGCCUAGCGGCCUAAAAUGGUUUCCCUUUUCAAAGCAUGUAUACAUGCAUUUUCUUCUUAAACAAUGACAUAUUAACUGUUUUUAUGCACAAAUUAACACUUUGAAGCUAUAAGCGAUUAUCAACAGUUUUUUUCAAAAGCGUCGAUAAAGCAGUUAGCUAUUUCAAAGCAUUAAACAUGCCUGUUCUUCUAAAACAAUGAUGUAUUUACUGUUUUAUGCACAAAUUAUGCUUUAUGUAAUAACGCUUUUUGUAUCAGUAUGGCAAAUUGCGUUGAAUUAAUCUUCAGUAUGAACCUUUAAAAAAAAACACAUUAAAUCACACACUCAUUUUUUAAAUAUAUAUUUUUAACAUCUGACUUAACUAAACGGUAGGGUCGGCACCUUUUUCGUAGGAAGGGUCGGGGUCCCCGAACCAUAUAUUCUAUAUAGGCCUAAGGUGUUUUCUGUUAAGCGUUAACUAUCGACGUUAUUAACUAUUUUAUAAAGGAAUUGUAAUCGUUUCUAUUUAAUAGUAUGUGUGUACUAAAGUUCUCUGAAAAGGUUGUUAAAUAGUCUUGCUUUCGAAAACAUAUUAAGUAAUUGUUUGAUAACAUGAAGAGAAUUCAUAAUGAUUUAGAAUGGGCGGAGUGGGCGUAUCGAAUGAGUCUUUCUUAAUCAUCAAGAUGUUAUGUUAUCUAACAGGCUUAAAAUACAACCUCAUUGGCUCUACCGGAUAAUUGGCAGUGGGCGAACUUUAAACACGCGCGAAAAUUAAAAUUCUAAUGAUUAAGUCUAAUAAUUAAUGGUUGCCUAUCUGCAAUAUCAUUGACUGAAAAUGUAGGUUGUAUUCUAAAUGAUCUUAAUCCCGAAACAAAUUAUUCACCUUCGUUGUACAGUCAAAACAAAAUAUCUAAGUAAAUUCAUAAACGAAGCAUUUCUUUAAAGAAAUUCUGUGAUAGAUAAUACGAUCAAGUCUAUAUAGUAAUAUACGACAUUAGCCGCCCAAAAUCUCUCUUACCCUGGUAUUUCAGAUAUGUAGCAUUAACAUUUUAUUUAGAUAUUUACCAUUUGUGUAAAAUAAUAAUAUCUAUUAUGUUUUUAUUUGUCUUUAUCUUGUUAUCUGCCAUGUAUCAUUGUGACCA